AUGAAGAAAAAUGGCGCAGACCUAACUGAAGAGUUGAGAAUGCAAGGGUGGGAAACCUAUUUUCAACGCCUCUAUGGCCCUGUGUACACAAAUCUGCUGCAAGCCCGUUCUCUGUCCUCUCAACAACCAUCACACUCUGAACCUGAACCAAAAGUCACUUCCCCACCUCUUGAACAUCCAAAUCCAACUACAUCUGAACAAACUCAAACACCACCACCUACACAACAACCAAAUCCACCUCCUGAACAACCAAUCAACUUUGAACCGCAACCAACCCACUCACCAUCUGAACCAACCCACUCACCAUUUGAACCACACCCACAACCUGAACAAACAACACAGUCACCCUCUGCCAUUUCCACACUCAUAAAUUUUGCGGCCUCCAUAACUCACACACUAAAUCUCAGUGCCCCAAACUCACCUUCUCCGUCCUCCCCAGCAUCUGACAUUGAACCAGAGACUACCCUCCCUACCCUAGAAGAAGCAAUGCAGGUUUUUGCAGAGUCUUCAAUGGAGAAGAUCAAGUCUCUGACAAUCAACUCUGGCUUCAGUGAUGUUCCCUCUGCAGUAAUGAUCCACUGGAACAGAGUGAUCAGUUGGAUGACCUAUGAAGCCUUCAAACUGAAAGGCCUAUCUGAACAAGUCUGCAAUGACUUCAUUAGAGACGCUGGUAUUAGGCUCCAAGAGCGCUUGGCCAGAGAGGCUGAGGAACGAGCUAGGAAGGAAGCUGAAGAGAAAGCACGCCAAGAAGAAGAACAACGGAUCAUAGAAGCUGAAGACAAUGCUGCUGCGGCUGAUGUUGAGGCAAAAGCUAAAGCCGAAGCCGAAGAAGCAGCUCGUAUUACUGCAGAAGAAGUUGCCAAGGCCAAAGCUGAUGCACCGACUCAGGGGGAGCACUCCAACUCUGGAUUUGUUCCUCUGGUCUUGAAGACUCUAGAGGAACUACAGAAAGAACAACAAGUAGUUCGAGCUAGGCUAGAUCAAUAG